AUGUUGCCUGCGGUGGGUGCGUGUCCGCGCAGCCGGCACCGUGUGCGGCGCAGGGCCAUUGCGGCUGUGCGUGCGGCGCUGCUCGUGGUGUUGACGCUGGUUGUGGCGGCGGCGUGGAUGCCCGCGGCGCAUGCGGUGGUGCUGCGACUGCGGGGCGGCACGGUGGACAGAGCCAUCACGGUUGGCCGCGCCGUGGACACGGUGCUGAUGGACGGCGUGUCCAUCACUAACGGUGUGGCUGUGGUGUUUGACGUUGCGGCGAUGCUUCCCGGCGCGCUGCGCAUUGAAUUGAGGAACUGCGUGUGCGACGGCGGUGCGCAGAUCUACGUGCGGGGCCACAGCAGCGAGCCGGCGAGUGACCAGAGCCUGGAGGUGAGCGUGAGCGGGCUGUCUGGGAGCUACUGCUCGCUUGUGUUUGUGCACAACCUGCCGGCCCACACGAACGUGACGGUCCGCGACUCGACGAUUGUGACGGCGGGGCCGAUGCGCUACUCCCAGGUGAGCGGGCUGACGGACGCGGUGGCAUCGCCGCUUGUGCUGUACGCGACGUCGCUGUUGCAGACGCAGCUGCGUGUGAGCAGCACUGUGCUGAGGUCGUUGCACGCGGGCGGGUCGGCGGUGCACGUUGGCGGCGGCGUGGACCUGCUGUCGAGCGCGGUGGUGCUUGACGGCGUGUCGCUGGAGGCGUCGGGCGGUCCGACCGCGUCCGCGUUGCGUGUGGCGUCUUCGUCGCGCCUCAGUCUGCGGAGCCACUCGGUGUUCUCCGUGACGAACGUGUCUAUCGUGAGCAGCGGCGGCGGAGUUGUGCUUGGAGAGCGCCUUGCGGUGUUUGAUUCAGUGCUGCGCUUCGUGGGCGUCGAGGGAUCUGUUGAGUCGUCGCUGGUGCGCUGCGACGGUGGGACGGUCGGUGCCGGCGGGUGGCUGGACCUGCACGACGUGUGGGCGGUGGGCGAGGCGUCGUCUUUGGCGUCGCUGUCGGGGGUGACGCUGAGCGGCGGCGCCGUAUCGAUUGCGCGCUGCACUGCCACCGGCGCGACGCUUGUCUCCGGGCUGACGAUCAGGAGCGGCGCCGUGUGGGUGCAGUGCAACCGUGUCGGCGGCCGGGUGCUGCAGAGCAGCGGCGACUACCGCUUGGCCGGCCUGCCCUCCGUGAGCGUGGUGCCGUGCGACGGCUGUGCGGCUGCGCUGGCGUGCUUCGAUGCGCUGACGGCGUCGGUCACCGACUGCGUGUGCAGCUGCCGUGCCGGCGGCGUGGGCGAGGCGUGCCUGCCGUUCGACGUGCCGCUUGCGAGGGCCGGCGGUGGUGGUGGCGGUGCGCCGGGCUGCAUGGGUGGCGUGACGCUGACGGAGUCCGUGACGGUUGGCGGCGUGCGUGCGACGGCGUGCUUCGACUCGGUGGUUUUCAGCGGGCCGAUCACUGUGGCGGUGGAUCUGCGCUCGAUGGAUGCGUUUGCUGACGCGCUGAACGUGACGGUGCGCCACUGCGUGCUUGAGGGCGGUGCGCAGCUGCGGAUUGGCGGCCUCAGCGAGAGCACGGCGCGCCCGAUGCCGCACGCCCUCGUCAACAUGACGAAUGUGACGUCGCUGGAGGGCACGAUCGUGCUGCAUGGCGCGAUGCCGCUGCACUCGAGUGUGCUGCUGGCGAACUCAACGCUGCGUGCGACGGUUGGCGGGUCGCAGUACGUGCAGACUACCCGUGGCCACGAGGGAUCCCGGCACGGCCCCGCACUAGUUCUGGACGGCGUCCGGCUUCUGUCGACGCGGUUUGUCAUGACGCGGUCUACACUGGUGUGCGGCGGGGAAUCGUGCGCUGCGAUCCUCGUGGAGCGCGGCCUUGGCGCGAACAUGUCCAGCGUCUUCUACAUGGACAACUGCGCUGUCCUGUCGCGGACGCACGUGAUGUACGCCCUUGCGUCGGACCUGCGUGUCAGCGGCGGCUCCGUGUUCUCCAUACAGAACAGCUCGUGGAGUGCGCCGAGCAUUGGCUUCUACGAAGGUGCUUUUGUUUUCAAGGACGUUGUGGUGGAUGGCGGCAGCGUGCUGCAGAUUGUGUUCAGCACUUUCCGUCUCGGCUUCGCCAUGCUCAUUGCAAACACGCUGACCGUGACUGGCCGCAGCUGGCUGGUGCACCGCGACCACGAGUUCCCGCACGCCUACGUUGUGUACGU